CAACAACAAGCUCGCCCUACAUAGUACAAGAGCUCCAAGAAUCUCCCCAUCCGCUCGAUCCAGACUUCACUUGAUACCCCGUCAAUACGGGAAAUUACUGCAACAACAAAAUUAUCAACCAUGUCACCGACUGGAAUGCUGGCAGUGGACGGCAUCCACGUAGAUAUGGAGCAUCUGAAGAAGGGAGAAGUGAAUCUGGGAACCUCAAUCAUGGCAAUCAACUUCAAGGAUGGAGUUAUAUUAGGCGCCGACAGCAGAACCACGACCGGAUCGUACAUUGCGAAUCGCGUGACGGACAAACUCACACAAGUGCAUGACACAAUCUGGUGUUGUCGAUCCGGUUCGGCAGCAGACACGCAGGCGGUAGCAGAUAUCGUGCAGUACCAUCUUGGUCUGUACGGCAUCACGAAUGGCGAGCCGCCGACCACGCAGACGGCGGCAGCGUUAUUCCAGGAGCUUUGCUACGCGAAUAAGGACCAGCUAUCGGCGGGCAUGAUCAUUGCUGGAUAUGACCAUCGUCACGGCGGCCAAGUGUACUCGAUUCCGCUCGGAGGCUCACUCCACAAACAGGCGUAUGCGAUUGGUGGGUCCGGGUCUACGUACAUCUACGGAUACUGCGAUGCGAACUGGAGGGAGAACAUGACGGAGGAGGAGGGAAUCAAAUUCGUCAAGGGGGCGUUGCAGGAGGCCAUCAAGUGGGACGGUAGCUCAGGCGGUGUGAUUCGCAUGGUUGUGCUCACGGCAAAGGGAGCUCAGCGGCACCUAUAUCUCCCGGACCAGGACUACCAGGGGCCUGGAAAGCAGUAGAGGGAGUCUCGUAGGGAAAGGAAGAAGGAGGGGGGUGCAGGUGUAUGAAUACCACAUAGAGGAGCAGUCAGAGAUGAAUGACAAUUCGGGACUAGUACCAGGUACUGGCAUGGCGACUCGAGAAACAAGCAAUUCUCAAAGGCGGCGAUGGUAGCCACAGAUGGGCGCAACGUGACCACUUUGUUAUUAUUUGGUGGUGUGGCUUUAGAGGGAUGCACCGAGCAGCGGCGUGGGAUAUGGAAGCGGCCCUGGGGAUCAUCUAUGGCGGUGUGACCAAUGGAGGCUGUGCGUGGGACGAAGAAAAAGCAAGUCGGAAUGGGAAGCUGGGCAAACGGCCACACACGGACAGCGAUAGUUGCAGACAACCACUGUACUGUGGUUUACUAC